UAGGCGGGGAGGUGGGGGAUGGGUGGAAAACGGCUCAUGUGAUCCAUCAUGUGACAGCAGAUCAGCAGAAAGGUGGAAUGGGACUACGAGCUGGCCUCCUAGGGCUUCUUGCCCUCAUUGUCGCCAGCAAAUGCAGUUACAGCCCGGAGCCUGACCAGCAACGGACGCUGCCCCCUGGCUGGGUGUCCCUGGGCCGCGUGGACCCUGCAGAAGAGCUGAGUCUCACGUUUGCCCUGAGACAGCAGAACCUGAAGAGACUCUCAGAGUUGGUGCAGGCUGUGUCGGAUCCUGGCUCUCCUCGCUACGGAAAAUACUUAGCCCUAGAGGAUGUGGCUGAGCUGAUCCGGCCAUCACCAUUGACCCUCCGCACAGUGCAAAAAUGGCUCUUGGCAGCUGGAGCCCAGAACUGCCAUUCAGUGACCACACAGGACUUUCUGACUUGCUGGCUGAGCGUCCGACAGGCAGAGCUGCUGCUCCCUGGGGCUGAGUUUCAUCACUACAUGGGGGGACCUGCAAAGACCCGUGUUGUAAGGUCCCUACUUCCCUACCAGCUCCCUCAGGCCUUGGCAGCUCAUGUGGACUUUGUGGGGGGACUGCAUCGCUUUCCCCCUACAUCGUCCCUGAGGCAACGCCCUGCGCCACAAGUGGCAGGAACUAUUGGCCUGCACCUGGGAGUGACUCCAUCUGUGAUUCGUAAACGAUACAACUUGACAGCACAAGAUGUGGGCUCUGGCACCACCAACAACAGCCAGGCUUGUGCCCAGUUCCUGGAGCAGUACUUCCAUGACUCAGACCUGGCAGAGUUCAUGCACCUCUUUGGUGGCAGCUUUGUACACCAGGCAUCAGUAUCCCACAUAGUUGGAAAACAGGGCCGGGGCCGGGCUGGGAUUGAGGCCAGUCUGGAUGUGGAGUACCUGAUGAGUGCUGGAGCCAACAUCUCCACAUGGGUCUACAGUAACCCUGGCCGCCACGAGGCUCAGGAACCCUUCCUGCAAUGGCUCCUGCUGCUCAGUAACGAGUCAGCCCUGCCACAUGUGCAUACUGUGAGCUAUGGCGAUGAUGAAGACUCCCUCAGCAGUGCCUACAUCCAGCGGGUCAACACCGAGUUCAUGAAAGCUGCCGCUCGGGGUCUCACCCUGCUCUUUGCCUCAGGCGACAGUGGGGCUGGGUGUUGGUCUGUCUCUGGAAGACACCGGUUCCGUCCUAGCUUCCCGGCUUCCAGCCCCUAUGUCACCACUGUGGGAGGCACUUCCUUCCAGAACCCUUUCCGAGUCACAAGUGAGGUAGUUGACUAUAUCAGUGGUGGCGGCUUCAGCAAUGUCUUCCCAAAGCCUUCAUACCAGGAAGAAGCUGUAGCCCAGUUCCUGAAAUCUAGCCCCCACCUGCCACCAUCUAGUUACUUCAAUGCCAGUGGCCGUGCGUAUCCAGAUGUUGCUGCACUUUCUGAUGGCUACUGGGUGGUCAGCAACAGUAUACCCAUUCCGUGGGUAUCUGGAACCUCGGCCUCUACUCCAGUGUUUGGGGGAAUCCUUUCCUUGAUAAAUGAGCACCGAAUUCUCAAUGGCCAACCGCCUCUUGGCUUUCUCAACCCAAGACUCUACCAGCAGCAUGGGGCAGGACUUUUUGAUGUAACCCAUGGCUGUCAUGAGUCCUGUUUGAAUGAAGAGCUGCAGGGUGAGGGUUUCUGCUCUGGCCCUGGCUGGGAUCCUGUGACAGGCUGGGGAACACCCAACUUCCCAGCUCUGCUGAAGACUCUACUCAACCCUUGACCUUUUCUGCCAGAAAAGCUGACCAGUCCCCUGCUGUAUAGGUGGUGGCUUGGUCCUUGUCCUGCCUUGUUGGAAGCCCUGCUGAACCCUCAGUCAUUGACUGCAGCAGACAGCUUAUAUCCCUAACCCUGAAACAGUGUGAGCUUAAUUCCCAACCCUGCUGUCCUCUGUUAUACUCAGGUCUCCCUAUUCCUGCCUCGAGUUCCUUAACAAGCAGCUAUAACCAGCACUUUUACCGCCCCCGCCCCCCCCACACACACCUCUUCUUCCAUUUUGCAAACAGGGAUGUGAAUAUAGAGUGAGGAGAUGUACUCUGUUAGUACUGGUACCAGCAGUCCCAGAUCUUUGCCUUGUGGUCUUUCCAUCAUAUUUCCCCGUUUACUCUCAUUCCUUAGCCUUCAGGAUUAACUUCUUUGAUCACCCCUGUUUUCUUUAUAGACUUGUCCUCUGCUUCUUUAUCAAAUGCUAGCAUUCUUAAUUGCUCCAUUUUAAGUCUUAUGCUCUUAUCAUUUUACUUAAUUAUCCCUUGAAACAAAUCACUAGUCAUCACUAUCUGGUUAAAUCAGAUUUUCUAUCCAAUAGUGACUGACAGGUCAAAUUUAAGAUGGUGAUACUCAACAUUUCACCUCCCUUUGUCCCAGCGCCAAACUAUAUCUUGUUUCUUCUCAGUAAAUGAUACUAUGCUUCUUUCAAGCAAGCUGGUUAUCUCUGUAAGACUGCUUAAUUUCUUAAGUGGGGAUAUCAGUAUCUGCCUUUCAGAAUCAGGAAAUAAAAUUAAGUGGAAUAAUGUUAAUAGAGUAACUGGCAUGUGGAACUAGGCAGCUGUUCUCAUCUUCCCUUGCACUGUACACCCUGCCUACCUCUAGCAUUGUAAUGACCAUAUAGUAUUGAAAUCGCCAGUUUGUCUGCUUCCCUUUUCAAGACCACGCUGGUGCCCAGAGGACUAACUUUCCCAGGUCCCAUCCCAGGAGCUGGCAAAUAAGAAUUAAAUCUGACGAACUGAAAACCUCA